GCAGAAAAGUAUCUAGUGUCCAAACCAGCAUUCCUUUUCUUAAGUAUCAAGUUGAUUUUGCAGUAACACCUUUUCUCGCUGGUCACAUGGCCUGCAUGUUCUGGUGCUCCUAGCCACUGCGAGACUAGGUCGCAAACUCUGAUGCAUCUAGACCGCAGAAAGACAACACCAAGGGAAGAAGUCUUCCAAGUUGGAACCCGGUUUUAACUCUGCACUUAUCGUUUACAGUUUGUUGUUAGUAUGGCUAUUGUCGAGUCGAGCGUCUUUGUUGUCGCUGAUUCUGUGUUUGGCUACUUGCGAUACGCCCAGUUUGCUAUGCGGACGGUUUCGCGAACGGGUGAGGAUGAAAAACUCAAAGACCAUAGACUGGAGAGACGAAAAUCGGGUAGCUCCGUUGCUCACUCACCUGUACGAUGCCAUGUAUUGUUCAAGUAUCUAUCAUGGCUGUUUGAACAUCUCAACCCAGAAUACACUCAGGACGCAGCGUUUGACCUCAUAUUCUAGAACUAAAAAUUAGCUGCCAUUGCUAAUUCUCGCCGAUAAGUUGUCGAGCUUAUUAUAUCAUAUCCAAGGGCGAAAUAUGCAUUGCUGGAUUGAUGGACAGAUUCGACAGGAGCAGAUGCUCCUAACAUAGAUUCGAUUGGAGCGUCGAAAGAGCAGCGAGUACCAUCAUCAAUAUUAGAUUUCCGGAGACCAGCUCCCAAAACUUGCCUGAGAAGAGUUUCUCCUAGUCAAUGAACUUUGUCGCAGUUCGCCAGAGGCUGAUUAUACACAUCUACUAUCAGUUCAUGGGUUCAAUGCAACCGAGUGAUUCAUCUGUUCACUGAGCCUCCAAUCAACUUAGAUUCCAAGGGAGACUAGACUGCUAUGUGAAAUUCCCAUGCUCAUGGCGCUCAUAACCAUCGACUAUCAUUUGGGUUUUCGAAGUACCAUUCAACCUCUCCGCCGUCAGGCCUUGAGUGCAGACAAUCAGUCCCGAUUGCUGUUCAAUGAAUCAUAAGAACUCACAAGCACCUUCUUAUCUUGCAUCAACCAUGUCGCACGAAUGCACGCUCAGUGUAUUUUUUUGAGUGGGCAGAAUUGUGUACAUUUAGAGUUCAGACGAAGCGUCCACAGAGGAGGGCCUAGCCUACCGGGGCCUGACCAUCACUCUACUCUCACCGACACAAACCAAACAUUCCUACCAAAUCACAAACCUAGUCUGCUGUUCAAGCUUCUACUCCAGACAACGCAAACUCUAUCGCUGUAAAUUGCAGGGUCUAGCUUACCGGCACCGGGUUAUUUACGCGCAUUAGCUGGGCCACUAGCCUCACACGCGAACGGUCCGAGACCUGCACUGGAGUAUAACCGAGCGGAAAACAUCCAGGCCUAUUGGAGCUGUUGAGAGAUCGAUUCCACAGUUGGCAUCAUCAAGGUUCCGAACAUGAAGAAAUCUGGACUUGCUAGGCGUAGUCCUUUCGGAAAGCUGGUUGAAUAUCCUGCACAGCGACGAGAUAUACUUUUCACAAAACGAUCUACCAUUAUGCUUGAGGGACAUAGAGUUCCUGGUCUUUCCCAACGGGGAAACACGUCAGUCCCAACGGUACGAGGGUGAUUUGCCAAUGUCGCUGAGCUUGGUCAAACGUCCAAAGCCUCUUCCUUUCCUUGUAGAGGAAAUUGAUUAUUUGCUAUUACUAUCUCUCUCAUCAUUGUGCUCUAUUCGGCCGGGUCUGGUAUUUCUUCGUGGGGUUUCGCGGUUUGCUUUCUUUUGCAAUAGAUGAAACAGAUAUCGUUCGUCGCUUACUAGUCCGCCCAAACCUACACAACGCACCGCAAAACAUAAAGGCCGCGAAUUCAAAUGCAGAUCCGCGUGCUUCCACAUAUGCUUUUUGCACUCAGACACUAUUUUAUGCCACACCAAGCGUUAUAUGCAGACGUCUUUAUGCACAACUGUCCCCCACAUAUCUCUGCGUCAUGUGUUUCCUUGGGUGUGUCCGAGAACCUGCUAAGCCUCCGUCCAUAUCUACAUAGACUUCCCAUUCUGGGGUUCAUCUCUUCACGGGUUGUUACUCAUGACUACUCGUCUGUCGAAGGACGCAGGCACGUCCAUCUGUGACUCGGUGCUGUUAGUUCUGUUGAUCAGCCGAGAUCAGCUCGCCACGCUCCUUCUUAGUUCUCAACUCAGCACGAUUUAAGGAUUCGUCAGGUGAUAAUAUGGCAACAUGGCAGGAAUACGCCGUAAUGGUAACCGGGACAUGAGCUGUCGAUGGACAGCUGGUACCCAGGUCGCAGAUACUAUCAGGGGAAUUCUCGAGGGUCUGCAAGGUGCAGCGUCUCCAGUUCUCGCUUGCAGCGAUCAAGGACCACAAACAAAAACACAAUCACUUAUUCCUGCGUCCAUAGAAUCGACACUUCCAACUUCAUCUACUGGUGUCUCUGCAGAACCAUCAAAAAGUACUGGACAGCCAUCAAAUCAGCCCUUAGCAACCCCAGAAUCUUCACCGUCUCAAAGUUCGACAAAUUCAAGUCCAGCAAACGUCACUCCUUCACCUGCAGCCCAGACAACAGUGGCGGAUGUUACCAUCCUGCACCUUUCAUACGUGUCUACAACAAGUCUAAGGACGACACCUGUGACAUUUACAACUUCUACUUCACCAGAAGUAUUUUCCCUGGCUCCGACCUCGUCUCAAACCUCGUCUCCGACCUCGCCUAAAGCUUCCAACAUCGCACUCAGCGCCUCAGUUCCAUUUUCCUCUCUCCAUAUAUCGCAACCUCCGAAACAAACACCACUACCAACUCCGCCCUCUGCGUUCCCUGAAAUCUUCGAAGACUCUUCAGGUGGCUCCAGUCAAGGCCUGGGCUCCUCCACUCCUUCAACAUCAAGCACCAAGAAUGAAGUCUCUUCUCGCGCAGGGCUCAUAAUAGGCGGCGUAAUCGGUGGUGUGAUUAUUCUCGCCGUCCUUUUCACGCUCUAUUUCUGCCGCCGCAUGAAACGAAAACAACAUCGUCGAUCGCUGGGCUAUAUGUCCACCGCUCCAAUGUACAAGCCUUGGAAGAAGAAGGAAGUGGAGAGGAGGAACACGAUGGCAAAUCUAGAGGGACUGCUUGAUGUUGAUAGAGAUCGGGGUAAUGGAAGGGACGGAGAGAGCUUACAUGCAAAGCCGAUGAGAGAUCGCACAGUGCAAUUUCCUACAUCAGCUUCAGCGUUCGCAUAUGAAGGGAAAGGGGCCGCAUCUGCAAGUUCAAGGCCAUUGACGAUGCCCGAGCAAGUAUUUGCGCCAUUACGAGCGAAUCGCUCAUCAAGCCUGUACUCAGGGAGUUUGCUAGAAGGAAUUGAGCUCCUCCCACAGACAUCCCCCCGGAGAGCCAGAGCAAUGUCAGCACACCUCCCUCCUACGAGAUCCGGGUUCCAAGACGGCAAUGCUAUCAUCCUCAAUCCAUUCCUGACUUCUUCUGAGAUGCUUCAACAAAAUCAAAGGAGUACCAAAGCCAAGAGAUCGCCACAUCGCUCAGAUAUCUACAUCUCGCGACCUUACUCUGUCUUCGACAUCGCUCACGAUGAUUUCAAAGGUCGGCAGAGAGAUAGCGCCAUUUCAGGUCUUUCCAAAUUCGAGGACAUGCAUCCUCUAACACCGUCCCCGCUAACGCACUCUUCCAAUUCUCAAUCUCGGUCCAGAUCAAGAUCCAGAUCCGUCACAAGCUCUUACUCCCGAGCAUCAACACCCGCACUCAGCCCCUCACGCUCCAAAUCCCCUUCUGCUUCACAGUUCAGCCGUAUAUCAAGCUUCGCCACCUCGACCAUCACGAAAGUCCAGCGUGCACUCGUUACGGUUAGGGAUCUAGAUAAAGAUGUGAGGUUGAGUUUGGAUGUUGAGCAGGAGUAUGGGUAUCGUCUUCGGGACCUUGGGGGUCGUGACAGCGGAGAUUUUACUUCUCAGUACAAGACUGCAGAUUCUAAUAGAAAAUCCAACGCUGGUGGUAGUAAUUUCAAGAAAGACGUUGUUAUGAUUGUUGGUGAGAGGGAGGUCGGAUUGGAGGAUGAAAGUGAUAAUGCCGGUAGAGGUGGUGGAUUAGAGGCAUGGGACGAACGAGAGAUGCAAAGAAGGAGGAAGGAGUUGGAACAAGCGAAGAUGAAGGCGUAUAAGGGACGUAUUAGACCCGGUAUGGGGGUGCAGAAGAAGGGUGGUGGCGCGAUUGGUGUGGAGAGGAGGUGGACGGGGUGGGGUGGUUGAGCAAGCCCCAACCAGCUUCAGAGUUUGCGACAUGGGAGGGACUCGGAAGUGGACAUGACGAUUCCGGUGAUGGGAAAUAUAUGGGAAGAGGUGGAUUGAGAUGGUUCUAUGAGUUACGACUAUGGAAAUGAGAAAUGAGUGUACAAGGCGUUGCUAUUCUUGUUGUUUUUUGGUAUACCCGUUCUCUGCUGAGCGCGGGAGCAGGGGGCAGCGGGGCUGGGUCUUAGCUGCACGUUCUCUUUCUGUACAUGUACUCUUGGAAACGAAUAAUAACACUGUCUAAUUUAAUGCUCCA